AUGUAUGUAGUGUAUUUUGUAGCCUCCGCCUCCUGCCUCCUCAUCUUCUGCAACCGAAUCCUUGGAAUUCUCAACAUGUACAAAGGAGACAAAUCUGUUAUUCGUAAAAUUCUCGAAUUCUUGGUAUACGUCACCGCGUUUCUAUUCCCCGCCACUGUUCUCUAUGGUCUCAAGGUUCCUGACCAGUCAGCUGUGAAGCCGAUGACGAGGCAGAUCGCCCCCUACUAUCCGGACUGUCUCGAUGAUUCUAAUGUUAUCGUGUUUAUAUCUCCAGAUCCUAAAAAACUGAAAAACUCCCUAAUUUUCUAUUUGUGCUACCUUCUCGCCUUGGCAAUUGCAAGUAUUCUCAGCGCCCACCUGGCCUACCACUUAUUAUCAAGACGGAUGACUCAUCAAUCAGAAAAAACCAGAAGAAUGCAUCUGAAAUUCAAUCGUCGUACUCUUCUACAAGUGCUCAUUGACACCUGCUUCACCUCAAUCCCAUUUACCGUAUCCAACAUGGCCACUUUAUUCCAUUGGCAGGUUCCCGAGCUCACUUAUUUUGUGGAUGUAAUGUCUAAAAACAGUCCGACUGCUUGUAUAGUUAUACUGUUCCUGUAUUACGACCCUUAUCAGAAAUGGUUGCUCGACACUUUCCAGAUUGUAUUUUUAAGGAAAAAUCGGGUAUCUGCGACGGGGACGAUGGUGAAGUCAGCGGAGACCUAG